AUGCUUGUGGAUGCCAUGCGCUCCGACUUUGUUUUCUCUGAAGACUCGCAUAUGAAUUUCACGCAGCAUUUAAUAAAUGAAGGUUAUGCUCUGGGAUACACGGCAUUUUCAAAUCCUCCUACAGUUACUCUUCCGAGAUUGAAGGGUAUAACUACUGGGUCUAUUCCAAACUUUAUUGAUGCGGUUUUAAAUGUUGCUGAUAACGAAGACACCUCCACUUUGGGUAAUCAGGAUUCGUGGGUGAAACAAAUGUUUUUGAAUGGCUGGAAGAUUAAUAUGUUCGGCGAUGAUACUUGGCUCAAAUUGUUUCCAAAAUACUUUUCAAAAAGUGAUGGAACUUCCAGCUUUUAUGUCAGUGAUUAUACAAUAGUUGAUCGCAAUGUCACACGACAUCUACCCGAGCAACUAUCUAAAGAUGGUUUGACUCAUUGGGAUUGUAUGAUUUUGCAUUUUCUUGGUCUAGAUCAUAUUGGUCAUAAAGGAGGCUCAAGAAGUGCGAACAUGCCUUCCAAACAAAUUGAAAUUGAUUCUGUUGUACGUGAUGUGUAUGAAUCCUUGCUUUCCAAGGAUAAUAACACAUUGAUGGUUCUUCUUGGAGAUCAUGGGAUGAAUGAUGCAGGAAAUCAUGGUGGUUCUUCGCUAGGUGAAGUUUCUGCGGGUAUGGUUUUGAUUUCCAAAAAAUUUAAAGGGCUAGAUUUUGAUCAACAUAACAAUAAAUCUCUCCCGUUACCAAUUAAUGAUGAAUAUAGAUACCUUAAUACAGCAGAUCAAAUAGAUUUGGUGCCAACAUUAUCGGAAUUAGUCGGACUAGACAUUCCGAUUAAUAGUUUGGGCUCUUUUAUUCCGUCCAUACUUUCUCUUUAUUCGGAAAAAGAUCAAUUGAAUGUUUUGAUUAAAAAUGCACUUCAGUUAAAAGUACUUUUAGACAAGGCGCAGAAUGGUCCCAGAAGCUUGUUGCAAGAUCAGUGUGACAUUACUUCUGUGAAUGGGUUACUUCAAUUCAUCAAGAAAGCAAAGCAUAUUCUAUCUCAGACAUCAUCAGAUUACAAUUACCGAGAUUUGCAUUUAGGUAUCGCUGCAUAUGCAGUUUUUACAGUCAUCUCUGUAAUACUCUUUGCAUGUAGAUAUAGCAGUCAUCGUCUUACUGGAAUUCUGGAUCUUACAUUUUUCAUGCUUUAUGGACUUUCGUUUGUUGGAUCAUCUCUUAUAGAGGAGGAGCAUCAUUUUUGGUGGCUUUCCACUAUAAUUUUAGUAGUAUAUUUGUCGUACGUUUCUGCUGUUAAAGGAAAAACUAAGAUGUCAUCUGUGGCAUUGUUAUUGGUUGCUCUUAGAAUACUGAAAGCAUGGAAUAAUAGUGGUCAAAAAUAUAAUGACAGCACUUACAUUAAAAUUGGAAGCUAUAUAUCGACUUUACCAGCUAGAGUUGGCCCCAAUGUGUUCGCUACAAUUUUAAUUCUGUCAUUUGUACCAUUAUUUGUCAUGAAGGUCAAAGAUUCAUUUGGAGUGAAGCAGAACUUCUCUCAAAUUGUAUCUUUUGUUUCGUUAACUAUGAUGAUUUCCGUUCUCAUAGCUAUAAAAUUACUAGCAUACUUUACAGGCACAUUUGACAUGGAAACAGGAACCGGAGAGUUUCAAAAAUGGUGUCUCGUUUUUGUUUGUUGGCUUCAGGUUUACUCCAAUUUGGAAACUUUUCCGGAAAUAAAUAACGAGUUAUAUAGACUAUUCCAAUAUGUUUGGAUUGCUACGGCAGUUUGUUCGUUAGGUAAGCCGCUUCUUUACAAGAUUCUUGGUCAGAAAGGGGGUAAUAAAGGCUAUACAAAAAAUGUUUUUGUUUUGUUUACGUUACUUUGCAUAAGUCAGACUAAUUAUCUUAACGUUCCUUUAUACGGGAUUAUGUUUGUGAUUUAUUACGGAUUCAAGAAUCUUGUACCAUUGGAUGCCAAAAAUUUUGAAUCAUCGAAUUAUUUCGCAAUGCUCACUCUCGUUUUACAAAAUAUGAGCUUCUUUCAAUUUGGCUCAACAAAUUCCCUUGCAUCUGUCGAUCUUACAAAUUCGUUCAAUGGCCUAACGGAAUAUAAUGUUAUCUUAUCUGGAAUCCUAACAUUUAUUGCAAACUGGUCAUCCCCUAUCUUUUGGGCAAUUGUCUACGUUACCCGAUCUCUAGACUCGCUUCCCAAAAAGCAAUUCUCGGCUUUAAAAUGGAACUGUCUUUACGAUCGGAUUGUAUUCAAUUUGUCCUUCUACUCUAUAUCUGGACUUCUGCUUAUGCUAAGUUGCUACAACCUUAGAUUCCAUCUUUUUAUAUGGACAGUUUUUAGCCCAAAGCUGUUAUACUUCCUCGCAUGGCUCGGCUGUAAUUUGCUCAUAGACCUUGGACUCAGCGCAAUCAUUAUAGCUCGAGAUAUGGACUAA